UCGACCAAUCGUGUGUUUGGGAGGGCGGGACUUCCUUCAACUUUAGAUCUUGAGGAUUUUUCAGCAGCUCUAGGUGACACGUAACUAAAGGUGCGAUUAGGCCUCCUUAAAACUUCACAUUAAACGUGUUUAUAGGUUAAAGAAAAAGUAUUUGCAUUAUGUAAGAAACGACUAAAAGCUUUGACCCAUCAAGAAGACUGAAUACAAGCGAAUUGUUUUCUGUUUUGACUGUCUGUGGAAACUUUGCAAGAACUUGAGAGUUUUUCAAAGGCAUUUUUUUAUUAGAAAUGCACGCAUGCAGUCUUCAUGCAGCUGACCAGAAGCAUACAUUUUCAUGAGGAAUUUCGGGGUGGAACAAAGUUGUUUCUGUACUGAGGAGUGAAAAGGAAACACCCUCCAGGAAAGUUUCUGUGGAAUCCAGGAGAAGAGCGACAAUGGGAAACGGCGUGUGUUCAAGGAAGCAGAAGAAGAUUUUCCAGACUCUUCUACUGGUCACGGUGGUCUUUGGGAUGAUAUACGCUGGGAUGGUAUCUUAUGAGAUGCAUAAAGACCUGAAGAGGACAGAAGCGAUGGCUCAGAAGUAUCAGCAGCAUCAGGAGUCCCUGUCUGCUCAGCUUCAAGUUGUCUAUGAGCAUCGCUCCAGGUUGGAGAAAUCUCUUCAGAAGGAGCGCAUGGAACAUAAAAAAGCCAAAGACGAUUAUCUUGUGUACAAACUAGAGGCUCAGCAGUCCCUCAAUAAAGAAAAGCAAGAUGCCAGCAUCAGGUUUAAUUCUCUGCAUACCCAGCAUCAGAUGUUAAAGAACCAGCACGACGAUUUAAAAAAGCAGUAUUAUGAACUGCAAGAGCAACAUCAGCUACAAGGAGAUGAACAAAGUAAAGCAAGAGAUGAGCACAAACAGAAACUCGACCAACUACAUCAGACUAAAGAGACGGAGAUUUCAAAGCUCAAAGAUAAUGUAUAUAACCUACAUGAGGAGAACAAGCAGUUGAGAAAAGCUCAUCAGGAACUCUAUGUGCAGCUUCAAGAUACCAGGCAACAGCACAAGAACUUAAAAUCAGCACAUGACCAGCUUGUGUUGACCCUGGAAGACCACAAGGGUGCGCUAGCAGCAGCUCAGCAACAGCACAAGAACUUAAAAUCAGCACAUGACCAGCUUGUGUUGACCCUGGAAGACCACAAGGGUGCGCUAGCAGCAGCUCAGGUCCAGGUGAAUGCAUAUAAACAGCUGAAGGAAACUCUGAAUAAGAUGCCCCAUCUCAGGCAAAAAGCAGGGCCACCUGUAGCUGCUCAAUCCUCCCAGCCUGUCCAGAACAGACAGGCUACCAACCAAGAGGAAAGGCAUCAACCCCAGGACACUCAGUCACAGCUGGAGAAACCGGAGAAGGUGGAGCCCCAGCUGCCCCAAUCACAGCACAGGGAGGAGGACAGAGAGAUGGGAGGAGCCGAGGAGAGGAGGAGAGAGCUGGCAGAGGAGGAGAUGGAGCAGGCGGGGCAGCCUCAGAAACUGGAGGAGGAAUUUGAUCUGGCUCAUAGCGAGGUGGAGGAGGAGCCACAUGCCAACCAACCAGAUGAGAACGCACUAGAGAGGGAGCAGCAUCAAGCUCAUCAAGUGGUGGCACCGGCGGAGGCACAGGUGCAGCAUGCGCAGGUGCAGCGGGUGAAGUCAGCAUAUGAACAGCAGCAGGAGCAGCGGCGGCUGGCUGUGCAGCUGGCAGAAGAGCGCAGACAGCUGCACCUGCGUCAGGAGGCCCUGCAGAGGCAGCAAUUGCAGCAUCAGAAGGAGAGAGAGGAGCAACUGCGUCUACACAGAAAGAGAGAGGAACAGCAGAACAGAGAAGCUGAUCUGAAAGAACAACAACAACUACAGCAGGAGAUGAUCAGAAAAAAGUCACAGUAUGAAAACAUGGAUGCUGAUAUAAUCCAGGGAGAGGAAGAUCCACAGAUAUCGGAGGAGAAUGGGAGGGACAUACACCAUCAGGAGCCGAGGCCAGGUGGAGAAGAACAUGUUCACCAUGAGCAGCGCCCUAUAGAAGCAGAUGUGGACCCUAAAGAUGACCCGAACAAUCAGGGCGAGGAUGAGUUUGAUGAGGCAGAUCAGCACCAGCCCCAUGAGGAGGAAGAGCCAGCACCUGCUGGUCACCCAGACAUGCACCUGCACAGAGAGCAUCAGCACCAGCCCCCCGCUCAAGAACAGAUUGUGAUGGCUGGAAAUCCAGAUCAACAGGAAGACAAUGUGGAUGAGCAGUACCAGGAAGAUGGUGAUGAUGAGGCCCAGGACGAGCUGUUAGAGAAUCAGAAGCCUGUAGCUGUGAGAGAGGAAGAGGGAGACCCAUAUAAUGAGGAGAAUGGAGAACAGGAAGAGGCCAGAGACAAGGAUGUAGAAGUGAAAGAGGAUAAACAGCCCGCCCAAGAUCCCAAUGAGGAGAACUACGAAGAGGAAGAGGAGGAGAAAGAGGGGAAUGGUGAUAAACCACCCCAUCGCAGGGCAGAAAUGUGAGAAAGGACAGCUAGUCGCUGCCACCCUUCUUAAACUCUGUGCCAGGCAAUGGUUCUCGUGAGCAGGAAACAGAUUUCUGUUCUGGUUUGCAUGACUCUGCAACUGAGAUGCACAAGAAAGAUGCUGAACAGUCAACCUCUUGCAGACCAAGCAGAUGCUGCUGUCUGCUAUACUGUACAUCUGUCUGUUUAUCUUUCAUUAUGGUGUUACAUAGGUCUUGCUUUUAAUUCUACGUUGCACAUUUCUUCAACUGGAUUUUAAAAGCACAGAUUUUUCCACCAGACAUUCUAGCACUGAAAGAGUUUUCCCAGGUGCCAUUUAUCAAUUGAAAAUAUUGUAUUUUUCAUGUGGCUGGACGUGUAAGAUAAAUUCUGUCUUUGAAGUAAAACGGAAAUGGUUUUUAGAAAACAUAGACUUCAACUCUUUAAAUGGGUGUCCUCAAACUGAUAAAAAACUUUUAUCCUAAAAUCAGUAGAAAAAUCAAUAGAUGUUAUGUAAAGAAAUGUAAGCCCGUUUAAAGAUUUUCACAUUGUGACUUUGUUUUCAUGGUAUUUAAACACCCCCUCUCAAUUCUCAGUUGCCUGCUGUAAUGCAAAAACAAAAACCAUUUAAUUACAAAACUGCAAAAUAAUAAUAAUAAUAAUAAUCUAUUAUUUAAAUUGUGAAGUACCAUUUUAAGUAUAAAUAAUGGUGGUGUUUGUUGUACAGAAUUUAAUUUAUGCCAGAAAAAAAAAAAAAAAAUAAAAUAUAUAUAUAUAUAUAUAUAUAUAUUAGUCAGAUAGCACAGAGAUUUUCAAACUGGGGUCCGCAAGGGAGAGCUAGGGGGUCAACGGGGUCAA